UUUAACUGAAAUAGCAGUAAAUUAUUUUUCUGUUGUCUGAAUAGCUUCCCAGUUGUACGUCAAACUGUCGAUGCUUUUUCAGGUGUGGGAGCUAUACGAGAACGGCAACCCCCUGGACUUCGUGGACCCCAAGCUUUCGAAAUUCAACAGCGAGGAGGUGCUCCGGAUGAUCCGCGUCACGCUUAUCUGCACCCAGGGGUCGCCCCACCGACGGCCGUCGAUGUCGAGGGUGGUGCAGAUGCUGACGGGAGACGCGGACAUGGCCGGGGAGGAGGUGAUCAAGCCGAGCUACAUCACGGAGUGGCAUGUCAAGGCUGGGAGCAGCAGCAGCUACACGGGCACGAGCAGCCAGGCCGGUAUGUCGUCAUCGUCGACCACGCAGCAGUCUUUCAGCGCCGGCCCUGCUGCGGGCGGGGAUGCCACGCCGGCGACCGGGAACCCGUCGCCGAUGUUCACCUCCAUCAUCGACGAGGGCAGGUGAGGUGCGUGUGCGCGUCAAGGUGUUUGUUAGUUGUCA